UCAAUAAUAAGAAAGUAAAUUUCGAUCCUUAACAGCAGUAGAGGAAAAGUAUAUAAAAGCAAAGCACUAAACAGAGCCUUUUUUUUUAUCAUCAUCAUUUUCAUCAUUUUUUCAAUGGGUCAAAACAUGUCUUUCAAGCUUGCUUGUGUAUUCAUCGUGUUAGUCGGUCUACUUCAGGUAAUUACAGCUGCUCCUAUGACAAUCAACAAAAGAAGCACGGGCGCAGCUGGUGGUGUAGCUGGCCUAGUUCAAGAUGCUACUGCUGCAGCCGCAGGUUUUAAUGAAGGUCUUACUAGUAGUUCCGAGCAAAACAAAGGUGGUAGUGGCGGUCAGGGUGCUGGUCAAGAUAAUCAAGGCGGUCAAGGUGGUGGCGGCGGCAAAGGUAAACCCAAGGACCAAGAAGAAGACCCUGAAGAAGAAGACCCCUCAGACGAUCAGGGUGAAGAAAAAGACAAAGGCAAGAAGAAGAAUAAACAAAGCGACAGAGAGAUGCAAGCAGUAGCAACGGGCGAAAAUGCAAAGAAAUCAGCUUCUAAUUUUAGAAGUGGUAUCAUGAGCCUCUUUUCUUAAAAACUAAAUCAAUAAAUGUCUCUUU